AUGAGUUAUGGCAAGCGGGCCGACAAAAAGCGGUAUCAAUGUAAAAUUUGCCGCAAAUUUUUUACUCACAAGUCAACUCUGAAAGUACACGCUGUCAUGCAUACUGACAAACGAUCAUUCGAAUGUCACGAUUGCGGUAACACCUUUGCAUACAAGCACGUUCUUAAAAAUCAUAUUUGUAGCAUCCAUAUCGGCGAAAAAUCGUAUCAGUGUACACAAUGCAACAAAGCUUUUACUCGAAAAGAUGUUCUCAAUAGACAUACGGGUGUUCAUACCGUUGAGCCACCAAUCACGUACAAAUGUGAAAUUAGCAACAAAUCUUUUGAUCAAAAGGAACACUUAGAUGAACAUAAUUUACAUCCAAGUGUGGACGAACCGACACAAAAAUACACUCAAAAUGAAGACGUAACUUUAAAGCCACCGUACGAGUGUAAAGAUUGCGACAAAUCAUUGGCUCAAAAAGAUCAUUUGGAUGUACACGCCCCCGGACACGAGCAGACGACAGAGAUCACUAUUUCGAAAGAUAAUUCUCACGAUGAUACUGGCGAAAAUUGUCACUCGGAGCCAAAAAAUAAUAGCGACUCAAGCGCCAAUGCACCAACAAUCUAUUGGCGGCCAUGGCUGUGA